AUGUCAGCAGUUUGGAAGACUCCCCGUGGCUCAGAUGCAAUGCCUGAGAUCACCGUGAAAAUCAUUGGAAGUAAACACUUUCGAUACCUCGUGGAGAAGCCAAAGAUCAAGGAGGAUGAGAACAUGAAAACAGAAAUGCAAACAGUGGUCCAGAAACCCAAGACUGGUAACGCAGGGCAGAUGAGCAGAGACCCCCCAGCUCCUACUAACCUCGCUGAUGAGCAAACCAAUUGCAGCCCAGAUGAUGAAGAAGAGAGCAAGCGCCCGGGGAACACCCAGAGACCAGGGAGCAGCCAGCGACUCCUCACAGGAGCACACGGGAGCAGGUUCCUGGGUGGCAAAGCGUUCGUUGUUUGGAUUCCCAUCCAGGCACAGGGCCGUUGCAUCUCUGUACCAACUGGAGACCAGUCCCUGUCCUAUGUACAUGGCCUCCCCCGGAGAAAGCUCAGAGACUGGUCCUUGGAACAGAUGAUGAGCAGUGGCUCUGCCCAACNNNAGGAUUUUGACCAGAGGCCAAGUGGGACCAUGAGAGAAGACAGUUUUCUUCUUGCCUUGGUCAGAAGAGAACUCAAGUCGCAUCUUCUGAGUCCUGGUGUACUAGACAAGCUUCUGAAGGAACUGAAGAUCCUGGACCCCAUCUCCUCAGGGUUUCUUCUCCAGUCUCAGUUGAGCCAUCUCUUCUUGAAGCAUCAAGUCCCUCUACAGUUACCAACAGUCAAGAUCCUUUGCCAGAGAUUUUCCAGGAGGGGCUCUCCUGAAAUGGUGAAUUAUGGAAAGCUACUCCUGUUUUUAAGAGGUGCAGCUUCAGAUAACUUACAGCAAAGCAAAACCACUGCAGACAGCAAUCUGGGGCACCCUGAGCAUCUCAGCGAUCACAGACAGAGUGCUCCACCUCACGACUCCAGCUCAAGGUCAGAAGCCAACAAGAGCCUGCUGGAGCUUUUGAAGAUGGCACUAAAGACAGCCAAUGGCAAACUCAACACAGAGAACCUCGGUCUGAGUUUUCGAAAAGAAGAUCACUCGUUCUCUGGCUGUCUCCCUCCACCCAAGGUCAGGGCUAUAUGCGGGAAGCACGGAUUGUAUCUAUCGUUGAGCCUGCUGGAAACAUUGCUUAACCAUCAAGAUUUGGGCUACCAAAAUGAAAUAAAAUGGCAGAGUUUUGUUGAGAUGCUGAGGAGAGCCUCUUCUGAUUUGCUAGCUGAUUUGCCUACAGGGAAGAAUGAAAAAGACGCCCCUGCCACUCCAGUGCAGCCUAAAGACCCUGAGACAUCUCAAAGCAAAACUGAACAUAUGAAAACUCCGGAAGAGGAGCUGCAGGCAGAAACCCCCGCUGCUGAAACUUCAGCCCCCAAAGAUCCUCUGAGCUCUUUGCAAAUCAGGCCAGUCUCCCAGCCUUUUAUGAGUCCGGCCAUGAGAAAUAAGUCUGAAGAGAGCGAGAUGUGGAUGGACAGGUUCAGGAAGCUGGAGAAUGCCCUCUACCUCUGUGAUCUGAGUAACUCAGGAGUCCUGGAGAGGGAACGAGCUCGACGUCUCAUUCACAACUACAAUCACAUUUACAACCUGUCCCUGAGCCCUCGGAAAAUCGACCAGGCCUUGCGGAGAUUUCGUUCAGGAGAAGAUAUGCUCCUGGAGCCAGCUCUGCGGUACUUAAAGGAGCUGUGAGAACAAGCCCAUAUUGUGAGAGCAGACGUUUCCCUGUCUCCUUUCUUACCUAGACUGUCUUACCUACCUGUCUCUCCCCAGCCCGAGUGAGGGGCACAGGCGUUGUCAGCGCUGAGGCCGCUGUCGCUAUGGUAGAUGCAUUUGAUUUGGGCUUGGUUUCUGGCUAUCAUGCUUGCUCAUAACAGCUCAUGAUGACCAGGAAAACUAGGUUUUCUCUUCUGAUGUGGCAAAAAUCCAGUCAUUUAAAAUUUCCUCUUAUGCUAAUAAAGCUUAUUAUUAAUAUUGCAUGUCUGAUUUUUUUCUACCUUGGUAAUCAACCUAUGUUUUUGCAAAUCCC